UUUUUCAUCUCGCCAUGCGGUUGGAGACUCGAUCGGUUAUCGUAAGUUUUCCUGAAUUUGGACCGAAUGUUGUGAAUCCUCGACCCUGGACGCCCCUCAUCACUAUUUUGAUGACCCAAAACACCAUUCAUCAGAUCGAUCCACUGUCACCCCCAUGGUACGAGUCACAUUUGAGUCGACAAGAUUUGUGGCGGAGAUUCAAGCAACAUGCUGAACUCAUGUUCACGGGACUUCUUAAAAACAGAGGUGGAGAGGAAAAGUGCAGUUUCCUCCAGCUGUGGAUCGGCGAAAAAAGAUCUGAUUUCAGCAAUAGGUGGACACUGACCGGGGACGAAGAUAAGUUGCUAAAAAUCGUGGAAAGUGUUGUGAAAAUGUGUGCAAGAAGGUCUGGAGAGUACAAGGAAGAAAUUCGUGGACCAAAAAAGGAGGAGAAGCCAAAGCGUCAACUUCUGGACGCAGUGUUCAAUUUGCAGCCUCGGAUUGUCCUACGCAGAGCAGAUGUCAGUGAAAAUCUUCAUCCAGAGCAACAGCAGUCAGUGUCAUGUCACAUCAAAGAGGAAGGUGAAGUGGUUCAACACAUCAAAGAGGAAGGUGAAGUGGUUCAACACAUCAAAGAGGAGGAGGAAGAGUUUCUACACUUGAAAGAGGAAGAGCAGGAGGAAAUCAUCCAGGUUCCAUCCACUGGUGUCCAUUUGAAGAGUGAAGGUGAAGGUCACAGUGAAGCUAGACAAGGGGCAGCACUUCCAAGCAAGAAUUCCUUGAGUGAUGGAGAGUGCCACAAGCGAGGAUUACAAAAAGACGGUCAAGAUAAUGAUGAGGAACAGUCGGAAGGUGGUUUGACAUGUCACAAUUCCAACAAAACCUGGAAAUGUUCUCAUUGUAGGAAAGCUUUUGCUACAAUGAGCAAUUUCAAACGACACGUGAAAAUACAUACAGGUUGGUCAUUCUCAAGCAAUGAUUAAGAUGCUUCUGAAAGUUUGGGUGAUACCAAAACCGGAUGAUAUUAUUGUCAUCACACUGUACUUGUAAGGCAGGCCUCAGUGAAGUUUGUUCACGUCACAGCAGUUUUGUUUGCCAUGGAAGCUUGUGGCAAACUCAAAGAUAGUACCACAUGUUCACAAACAAGUAGCUUGCUCAUUGCUGGAUCCAGAAUCAACCUGAGCAAAUAUCCAGUCUGAAAAACUUGGAGCUGUUGAUUUUACCAGACCACAUAAGAAGAUAAAGUCAAUGAAACCAAACAUCAUAAGGAAAACCUCUUCCUCCAGCACCAACAGAACAGGAGAGGAAAACCCUUUACGAGGGCCAUCAAGACAGCAAAUGUGCCAUUAUUUCCACAACACCACCAUUUUCUGACGCCAAUGUGCCAAAAUGUCUUUCUUUCAUUUGAACAUUUCCAUUCCUCAGGGACUGACAUUCUCUGUACACGAGCUCAUUCAUAUUCAUGUCAGUUCCGCAACUUUGCACAUGGAUGACGUGCUCUCCACUCAUUAUUAUUUUUUCGUGUAGACGUUGAAGUGAAUAAUGUUAUAUGUAUUUUUCAUUUCACUAUCUAUUUCAGACUGUUUAUAGGGAUGACACUUGCCCUUUAAGAACCACACCGAUCAAUCGAUACAGAAGUCAACAUGAGAUUACAUAGAAAAUGAUGAAAACAUCUCAACAAUUUCAAAGGGUUAAAUGUUUUUACCCUGACAGAGUUAUUUACUCUCCCUGCAUCCGCACCCCUUUGCCCCCGGCUUGUAUCUUUAAAGCCAAUGUGGUUAAGAUGCCCUGACCUAAGUGUGGGUGGCAGUGUUCUGUAUUCCCAAAAUAGUAGUUAAUGUGUUAUUCCUUUAAACUGAGAUGACCUGUUUUAAUGAAACAAGUACAUAAUAUGAUAGUUAUAAAAUUAUGUGUGUGUGUGGAUAAAUAUGGUUAAUGUUUAUUGUAAUAUUGGAACUAUAUUUGAGAGUGUUGGAACAUUACAUUUGAUAAUAUGGUUGUACAUAUAAUUUUUAUCUCAUCCAUCCAUCCAUUUUCUGAGCCACUUCUCACAAGGUUCAGGGGAGAGCUGGCACCUAUCCCAGCUGUCAUCAAGCAAGGAACGCCCUGAACUGGUUGCCACUCAGUCGCAGGACAGAUAUCGACAUCAUCACUGAGUGGGAAUUGAUCCCACACUGCUUGCGCCAGUCAGGCAUGUGAACCACUACACGAUUAGUGACUCUGUGUGUAAUAUAUGUUUACAAAUUUAAAAAAAUAAUUAUAUAGCGACUAGGCCAAAUAUGUGAAAAAGCAAACUGUGUUGUGUUCUCACCUUUUUUCUAACAAAAAUCUUGCCUGUGAAACUUUUUCAGCACUUGCUGAGACUUUCUUUUCUGGGGUGAGGUGACAUGUUUGAACUGGGUUGGAAUAUAAUCUGGGGGUAAGAGGUCAUCACUUUUUCUGCAAAUUCAAAGAACACAAUAUAUACUAUGUUUAAAGCCAUUGUUUAAGAUCCGAUCACAUUUGGUAGGGGCUACUUAAAAUAUCUAAAAACCUAUGUAGAUCUAUAUCUGAAAAUUAUGAUAAAAAAAUGGUUAUUUUCUUUCAUCAAUAAUAUUACAUCUUGUAAUUUUUUUCAGCUAGUGUGUGCUGCACAGUAGGCCACACAUCAUGAUCAUGUGAUAAGCAAAGUCAUUUUCACCAAUACAGGUCUACCGUACAGGUAUUUUAAUAUAGUAUCACUGUCUUAUAUUUCCUGAGGAUUACAUAAAAUAUAACAAAUUCUACCUGCUUUUGUCUCAUUGUACUUACUUUCUAUAAAGUGAUCACUGCAAACACAGCUGGUACUGGGAGGCUGCCAACCUUCCCAUUUUAUGGUGGCAAUCUGCAUCUGUUUUCUUUGUGGGUCAGCAGGAAAUCUGUCAUAAGCAAGGCUGGACCACGGCCAAGAGGGGCAUGGCCUGGCCACCGCUCUGGGCGGUGUUACGUUCUGACACCUGUCACCAGCCACAGCUGUUUUCCAUAUGGAUUCUAAUUAGACCAUGUAUUUAGUUUUGGAGUUUUGUCACUGGCCAUGCCAAUUUGUUGCCUUGUGUCAGUGUGUUGCGUUCACUGGCAGUUGGAUUCUCCACCACUGAGAGUAAGUGUAGUGUUGAGUUAUCCUCGUCACAGUGAUUCUGCGCCCUUUUGUUAAUCCCAUCCUGUUAAGAUUAUUAGUUUACCCAAUAGUCAUCAGACCUUGCUUAACAUCUUUUGGAUCCUGCCUAGCCUGGAGUAUCGGUUCCUCUGCCUUGUUUUGGACUGCUUUUUGGAAUGCACUUGUUUCUGAAAUAAAACCACAUCUAACAUCUUGUCCUUGUCUUGGAGUUCUGCAUUUAGGUUUGCCCCCGCACCGUUGGUUCAUGACAGAAUGAACUGGCCAGAACAGGACCCAGCAGGAAAGGCGAGAGAUCACUGGGCCCAGCGAUCCGAGGAUCCCGAGGCCUUCUAUCAUAAAAUUAAGGUGGAAAUAGAGUGGCAGAGGGCUGAACCUGCGGUCCUCACUGACCAGGUUCAAAGGGAAUUAGAUUACCAGCCAAGCUACUCCCAUGUCGUGGUCACGACUGACCCCCUCUGAGCCACGCCCCACAUCACGGUAACCACAGACUCCCUGCUGACCCACGCUCACGCCACGGUAGCAACUGACCUGCUACCGAGCCAAGCCAACAUUGCGGUGGCGCCUGACCCACUGCCGAGCCAAGUCCACAUCGCAGUAGCCACAGACUCGCUGCUGCCCCAAGCUCAUGUCACUGUGCCGACUGAUUUCCUGAUGGACCACGCUCACGCCGCAGUAGAAACACUCCCGCUACCAAGCCAAGCCCACGUUGCGGUGGCGACAGACUUCCUGGCAAACCACGCUCACCCCACAGUAGCUACCGACCCGUUUCCGAACCUAGCUCACGUCGCAGGUGGCAACAGACCCUCCGUCGUGCCGCACCCACAUUGCGGUGGCGACAGAGUGCCACUUCCGGGUGAUCGUCAAAGUAAAAUGCCGGACUUGGACAAGACAAGCCUGCCAUAGCGCCUCCAGUGUGUGUUUUCCAAAAAGACAAAACUCAGAAGCAAUCUGCAAAGUGCUCAAGUGCAGAGGAUUCAGAUGAAGACAAGAUAAACUACUUUCCUCCAGUAAAAAGGGAGAGAACUUUAUCAUUCCUGUCGCUCCAUUCUGUUCUCGAGAACAAUAUAUUCAUUCCCCCCAAUUUCUGCCAGUUUCCUACUGGGAACUCUGACUCUGAGCCAGAGGAACUCCAAAUGCUAGGAGGUGGUUCCUGCUUUGGCUUUGGGUUCCUCCUCGAGGACUGAAUUGCCAUGUGGGAACCCUGGUGCUUGACGUCCUGGCCGACCUCCUGAGCUGCUCGACCGAGUGACUGACUGAUACCUCGCUUUGGGUGGCUUGGACGGCCACCUAACAGACUGGGGUUGCGGUGUUAACCCUAACCGUGCCUGCGUGGGUUUUCCCCGGGCACUCCGGUUUCCUCCCACAUCCCAAAAACAUGGAACAUUAAUUGGACAUUCUAAAUUGUCCCUCGUUAUGAUUAUGAGUGUGACUGUUGUCUGUCUUCAUGUGCCCUGCAAUUGGCUGCCCACCACUUCAGGGUGUACGCCGCCUCCUGCCCGUUGACAGCUGGGAAAGGGUCCAGCACACCUGCGACCCUCAUAAGGAUAAGCGGCAAAAAAGAUGGAUGGAUAUAUAUAUUUACUUUAUUUUUGCAGACUGCACGAUUUAUCACUUAAACUGCUCCCUUUCCACAAUUGACAUUGUUAACACACUUAUCUAUAAAGAUUUCAC